GAGCUCGACUCCUGCUGCCGCUCACUCUUCAAGUAGAGCCGAGACUGCCAGCGGGGGGGGGGAAGUCAGUAAAUCGGGUCAACUUCAAUCCCACAAAGUUUGUCAUUGAUUGAAAGUGUCAUUGAUGAAAUAACUUACAGAAGCGUUAUGAUGAGAGAGAAGCCCGCGGAUCUGCAUGCAAGAGAGUUACUAGAGUUGGUUGGGAUACCGUGUUUCGUUUGGUGUUUGGUUUGCAGCGUUUUCUUUCAAGAGCAACACUUGGACUAACUUCUGUGCGUUUUUGGCGAACUACCGUGGAUGACCAACGUGAUCGUUCAGCAAAAUGAGGCUCAGCGUUCCUGCAUAUCCAAUGUUUCAUGUGUUUGCUGUCGCUGUUCUUAUGGCCGUCUUACCAGCUGCUGACAACCAGAAGAUGGACGACGACGUUCCGACUUCAGCUCUGCCUUCCCAACUCUACCCUUCGGUGGGCUUCCAGGUUCUCAACCUCGACCACCUGCUCCUGAGCCAGACCCUGGAGCCAGCCUCCAACGCCAGCCUGAAGGUGAAGAAGCAGAGCUUCCUGUUCACCGGGGGGGCAGGGGCUGGGGCUGGGCUGGGGCCCGGGGCGGGGCUCCUACAGCCGGCCGUGAACGCCUCCUACGGCCCGCUGUCCGUGGACGCUCCCGUCCCCCCGGAGCUCCUCCUGGGGGACCGCAGGAUCCAGGCGGUCCUCCUCUCCCAGCACAUCCGCUCCUCGGCUCCCGUCGUGAGGAUCCUCUUCCACCUGCCCUCUGGAGUUGCCACGACGACGGCGGCGCCCGGCGCGGAUGGCGGCGGCGGGGGCGGCGGCGGCUGGGGCGGGGGCGGCGGCGGCUGGGGCUGGGGCGGCGGGGGCGGGGCGGAGGCCCGGGCCGACAGGGAGGCAUACUGUGUCACAGCGUACGCCUACUGGGAGACGAGGGAGGUCCGGGGGGCCUGCCUGGUGCACGCCGGCGGGUACUGUCUGGCCCAGCUGAAGCCAGAGCCCGCCUGGUUCGGUUCAACCAGUCGGUCAGCGAGCUCCAGCAAGGAGCAAGGAGGAGGAAGAGGAGGAGGAGGAAGAGGAGGAGCUGGAGACGCGGCGAGGGGAGGGUCCCAGGGGAACCCCGCGGAGGUGUACUUCAAAAGCCGCGUGGACCGGGGCGGUCAGUGUGCGCCCCAGGACAGCCUUCGUCGCAUGGGAGCGGCACAAGGACCCGUUCCCGGCGGCUCGGGAACACCCAUGAGUAGAAUCGGAAGUGUCAAUCUGCUCAGGACUCCGCCUGGGAAUCCCACGUUCCUUCGGCUGAGGCUGGGGGGCUCCCUGGUGGUCCAGACCUCCUCCAAGCCCCUGAAAAUGUCAGACGUGGCGACUUUCUACGUCUUCCUGUCCAGUGCGUCCCACCUGGAGAGUUUCACACUCAGGGCUACAGCUAAGGGGAGCCUGUCCUUCAGCUCGGUGCGUGCCAGCGACUCCUCUCUCUGGAGUGUAGUGGCGAGCCCCCCCGUGGAGCCCGCCGAUAGCUCCGUCUCUGUGCGCUGCCAAAGGAAGAAAGCCCACACCGCUAAGAGGGGCCUGCUGGAGGUGUUUCAGCUGGACUUCGUGCCCAGAGACGUGUGGGAGAGGCCGGACAGCCAGAUGAUCUCUUGGCACCUGGAGCUGCCCGGGAACCAGAGGGACGUGGGGCUGAUGAGGAUCUACACCACCAACCGGGACUUUGUGGGCCUGGCCCCCAUGGUCGAGAGGCGUGAUGUGCUGAACACGGCGGUGCUCACGGGCGCGGCGGUGGCCGUUCCCGUGAGGGUCAUGGCGGUGGAGGCCGACGGCUCCGUCAGCGACAUCACCAACGCCACCACCUGCAGGUCCACGGAGGACGACGUGCUCAAGGUGUCUGAGCGCUGUGACUACGUGUACGUGAACGGCAAGGAGACGAGGGGGCGGAGCAGAGUGGCGGUGAACUUCACCUACAGCUUCCUGAGCGCCCAGCUGGAGAUGAGCGUGUGGAUGCCCCGCCUCCCGCUCCUCAUCGACCUAUCAGACCCCGAGCUCAGCCAGAUCAAAGGCUGGAGGGUCCCCGUCACCACCGGCAACCGCAGGUCGACAGUGGACAGUGAGGAGGAGGAGGACAUGAGGAAGGGCCGGGGCUGCAUGCUGCAUUACCAACACUCUGUAGUGAGGGUGCUGACGCCCUUCACUGCCCAGUCGUCUGCCUCCCCGGCCGUCCCGGACCCUGCGUCUGGAGAGACCCCCCUGGAGUACUUCCUACCACCGGACUGGCAGGUGGAUGUGAGCAGCCUGGUGCGGCCCUCUCUGAAGGUGCUGGACCCUGACGUAGCUCGUCUGCAGGGUGGAGUCCUGCUGCAGGGACGAGCCGUGGGCACCACCACUCUGCAGGUGCUGUCGCCUCUGUCCUCGUCGGUGCUGGCUGAGAGGAGCAUCAGGGUGGUGGAUGAUAAAGUCAGUGUGACAGAGCUGGGGGUGCAGCUGGUGUCUGGGCUCUCUCUCUCCCUCCAGCUCAGCCCUGGGAGCAACCGGGCCAUCGUCGCCACGGCCACCACACAGGAAGUCAUCACAGAGCUCAAACAGGAGGCGGUGGUCAGCUGCUGGGUGCGCUUCAGCGACGGCUCGGUGAGCCCGCUGGCGCUGUUCGACCGCGGCCUCUACUCCCUGGCCGUGACCACGCCCGGCGAGGCGGCCGUCUCCGUGCGCCGGGCCCCCGACGCCACCUUCGUGGCGGUGCAGGGCCCCCCCGCCACGGGCCCCGGGGCCCUGGUGCGGGUGGAGCUGCGGAUCUGCGAGGAGUGCCAGAAGUCCAAGAGGAAGAGCAAGCUGGCGGUGGGCACCGGGGCGCUGAGGACGGACCUGCGGGGGGCCGGCCGCGGCGACGACCGCUUCGGGGAGGGGCCGGACGAGGAGGAGGAGGAGGAGGAGGAGGAGGAGGAGGAGCCUGAGGUGUGGUCGACGUCGCGGGACACGCCCAAGGACCGGGACGGGCGUAGAUGGCCGAUGCCGAGCCAGGCCUCCACCACCACCACCACCCCCCCCGACACGGAGACGCUUCGACCCCAGGAGGUUUGGGUCGGCACGCCGCCCGCCAGGUUCCCUACGGUUGUUCCUGAUGAGACCACCUCCACCGCACCCGACCCCACCACCACCACCACCCCCCGCCCCGACCCCACCACGGGCCGACCGGCCUCGACACCCCCCCGCAGCACCGCCGCACGGCCCGGGCUGGAGGCCCCCAUGGGCGUGGUGGGGGCGGGGGACGGACAGAGGAGGAGCUACGGCAACAUGCUGGACAACCCCGUCGCCCCGCCCAAGAAAGACGGGCCGAACGCUGACGCCGAGCCCGAGAAGGAGACCCCCAAGUCCAAGUCCCCCCCCAAGGUGUUCGAGAACGACAUCAUCCGGACGUUCAAGGCCAUGUCGGACAUGGAGAUCGGGAUGUUUGCCCUGGUGGGGGUCUCGUGCGUCGCCAUACUGGCCUUCCUGGUGAACUGCGCCUCGUACAACCUGUGCUUCCGCGGCCACAAGACGCCCAUCCAGGCCGCCCCGGUGCCCACCGGAGACCCCAAGGACCACAAGCACGACUGGGUGUGGCUGGGGACCACCACCAUGGGAGGCGAGGUCCCGGGCCCGCCGCCCAAAGUGUGCACGCUCCAACGAGAGGCCCACCACCGGCCUUCGCUGGACUCCCGCCACUCCAUGGACGCCCAGACGGGCGCCCUGACCUCCGCCUUCCCCCAGAGGACGGCCACCCUGGGCCGCGGCCGCUCCAGCUCCCAGCAGCAGAUCCAGUGCCAGCCGCCGUCGGAGCCCGCGGCGCAGCGCUCCGCCACCCUGCUGGCCCGGCCCCAGCGCGACGAGCCCCUGCACUCGCCCACCAGCAAGAGGAACCAGGUGCAGUUCACCACCUUCACCACGCUGGACAUCAAACACCUGGCGGCACUGAGGAAGAACGGCGUGGACUUCAACUGGGCGCAGCAGCAGCAUCAGCAGCAGCUGCUGCUGGCCCAGCACGUCCCCGUCGAGCCCCACCACCACUCGCUGCUACCGGAUCUCCCCUGGCCCGUGGUGACCCCCAUGGGGCAGCCGGAGUAGGGCCCGUGUGUGUGUGUGUGUGUGUGAGGGGUCACCGGGGAUGGGAUCGUGUGAGAAGGCGCGUGGGCUGAACUCAUGUGAAGAGACGCUUUACCGCUGUGCGUCUCCACGGCGAUGAUCGGAUAUAAGUGUGUUUAUGAAUAAAUAUAUGAAUAAUGACUAGAGAUGUUUUUUAGGGGAGGAAAGCUUGGUUCAGAGUUUAUUUAUGUGCGAAAUGAAAGGGAGAUGAUUGUAAAUAGGCUAUUAUUUUGGGCUGUAUACAAAUAGAUUCAUAAUAGAUCAUACAAAACCAAAUAUAAAACUGUAUACGAUAUCCACGACUAGAACUCCACUAUUGCCAUUCAGAUGCUGUAAAUACAUUUAUUUAUAUACGUAGCGACCCUGCUACGGCUCAUACUCUAGUUCUAGCUUUCCUUUAUGCUAAUAAAAUCAACAGAACGGCUUUAAAUAUGAAUGAGUAUUUAUUUAUCCCAGCUAAAUUAUUGAAAGAACAAUGGCAUGCUGCACUCCGUCAAACAAAACACCUUUCACAGAACAAAUAAAAUAAAAUAAUAAUGUCCAUUGUACCCCUGGGGGCGGAGAAGAUAUUGGAGCUCAACUCAGAGCGAUGAAUGUUCUGGAACAGGCCAUGUGUGUGUAUGAGUGGCUGUGUCUCACUCUAGAACCGGCCAUGUGUGUGUGUGUGUGUGUGUGUGUGUGUGUGUGUGUGUGUGUGUGUGUGUG